GCGGCGGCUCCGCCGGAAUAGCUUCCUGUAAACGCGAUCUUGCGGGGACUUUACCCCGGUCUGCUGCACGCGGCGCACGAACCGGAUGAGUUUUCUUUGAGCGCUUUCUCGGGGGUAGUACUUGGGAUACUUCUUGCGGUGGCUCCGACGAUGAAUCUCUCGAUCGUGACCUUGACCGAGAUUUUCCGCGGGAGUAUGGAGAGCGCUGACCCCGAUCCUUGGCUUGUGGUACAUCACGAUGCCGAUCUUUUCCACGUGGUGGAUCGACUGGAGAACUCGGACUCCGUUGCUUCCUGUUGGGGUGCGGAUCUCGCGGCGGCUCCGGCGAAAAAAUAUCCUUUGAUCGCGACCUUGACCGUGAGUAUGGAGACCUUUGACCCCGAUCCUUGGCUUGCGGUACAUCACGAUGCCGAUCUUUUCCACGUGGUGGAUCGACUGGAGGACUCGGACUCCGUUGCUUCCUGUUGGGGUGCGGAUCUCGCGGCAGCUCCGGCAAAGGAUCUCUCGAUCGUGACCUUGACCGAGAUUUGCCGCGGGAGUAUGGAGAGCGUUGACCCCGAUCCUUGGCUCGCGGUACAUCACGAUGCUGAUCUUUUCCACAUGGUGGAUCGACUGGUGGACUCGGACUCCGUUGCUUCCUGUUGGGGUGCGGAUCUCGCGGCGGCUCCGGCGAAAAAAUAUCCUUUGAUCGCGACCUUGACCGUGAGUAUGGAGACCUUUGACCCCGAUCCUUGGCUUGCGGUACAUCACGAUGCCGAUCUUUUCCACAUGGUGGAUCGACUGGUGGACUCGGACUCCGUUGCUUCCUGUUGGGGUGCGGAUCUCGCGGCGGCUCCGGCGAAAAAAUAUCCUUUGAUCGCGACCUUGACCGUGAGUAUGGAGACCUUUGACCCCGAUCCUUGGCUUGCGGUACAUCACGAUGCCGAUCUUUUCCACAUGGUGGAUCGACUGGUGGACUCGGACUCCGUUGCUUCCUGUUGGGGUGCGGAUCUCGCGGCGGCUCCGGCGAAAAAAUAUCCUUUGAUCGCGACCUUGACCGUGAGUAUGGAGACCUUUGACCCCGAUCCUUGGCUUGCGGUACAUCACGAUGCCGAUCUUUUACACGUGGUGAAUCGACUGGAGGACUCGGACUCCGUUGCUUCCUGUUGGGGUGCGGAUCUCGCGGCAGCUCCGGCAAAGGAUCUCUCGAUCGUGACCUUGACCGAGAUUUGCCGCGGGAGUAUGGAGAGCGUUGACCCCGAUCCUUGGCUCGCGGUACAUCACGAUGCUGAUCUUUUCCACAUGGUGGAUCGACUGGUGGACUCGGACUCCGUUGCUUCCUGUUGGGGUGCGGAUCUCGCGGCGGCUCCGGCGAAAAAAUAUCCUUUGAUCGCGACCUUGACCGUGAGUAUGGAGACCUUUGACCCCGAUCCUUGGCUUGCGGUACAUCACGAUGCCGAUCUUUUCCACGUGGUGGAUCGACUGGAGGACUCGGACUCCGUUGCUUCCUGUUGGGGUGCGGAUCUCGCGGCAGCUCCGGCAAAGGAUCUCUCGAUCGUGACCUUGACCGAGAUUUGCCGCGGGAGUAUGGAGAGCGUUGACCCCGAUCCUUGGCUCGCGGUACAUCACGAUGCUGAUCUUUUCCACAUGGUGGAUCGACUGGUGGACUCGGACUCCGUUGCUUCCUGUUGGGGUGCGGAUCUCGCGGCGGCUCCGGCGAAAAAAUAUCCUUUGAUCGCGACCUUGACCGUGAGUAUGGAGACCUUUGACCCCGAUCCUUGGCUUGCGGUACAUCACGAUGCCGAUCUUUUACACGUGGUGAAUCGACUGGAGGACUCGGACUCCGUUGCUUCCUGUUGGGGUGCGGAUCUCGCGGCAGCUCCGGCAAAGGAUCUCUCGAUCGUGACCUUGACCGAGAUUUGCCGCGGGAGUAUGGAGAGCGUUGACCCCGAUCCUUGGCUCGCGGUACAUCACGAUGCUGAUCUUUUCCACAUGGUGGAUCGACUGGUGGACUCGGACUCCGUUGCUUCCUGUUGGGGUGCGGAUCUCGCGGCGGCUCUGGCGAAAAAAUAUCCUUUGAUCGCGAUCUUGAUUUUCCGCGGGACUGUUCUUGCGGGUGAAUCUCUCUUAAAGGCAAUCUCUGCGAGUGCCGAUCCAAAUCACUACCAUGCGGCUGCCCCGGCGGAAAUUUUUCACGUGAGCGGGAUCUCGAUGACUCCGGCGGAAAAUUCUCGCGUGAACCCCCUUUUGGAGGAUAUCGACCUUUUUCCGGAAACAGUUCUUGUUCGGCGAAGGAAACGGACGACCGGCGUACCUUCUUUUCCUUCUCAUCUUGUUGCUCCCUGUUUAGUUCAAGAUGGCGUUUGUCAUGGUUAAACAUAACCUCAUCGUCCUAUUGAAUAUAAAAUUAUGAUUAGAAUCUAUUACAUACCAAUUGCACUUUAAAAUUUACGUCAAAACUUAUCAAAUCGUCAAUAAAACGACUGUUUAGAAUAGCUGCACUUUUCAACACCGCAGCAUUUUCUUUUUUCGCUCUUUGGCUCAUCGUGGCGCACUUCAAAUCAUGACUGGCAAAUCGAGACUGUAAUUUGACAGGGGUUUGACAUUUUAAUUUUAAAAGCAGCGUUGCCAGAUAAAGAAAAUAAAAUAUCUGUAUAAUUAUGUCAAAAUGUUUGUAUUUGCCCUGUACCUUGUAAUGUAGCAAGGUUUAUGAAUUAAGGUAAGACAACUUUUCAGCUUUCUAAAUAAUAGUAAACAAUGUCAUGAAAUCUUUUUUUUUUUGUUCCGCGAAUGCAAAUGCCGAAAAGCAAGUUAUAGGGGGAGAGGGGUGAUAUGCACCCCCUAAGGGAAAAGUGUGAUUUCUCAACCCUAACAGCAUUUAUGUGGAAGAAUUUUGAUAGAUGUUCUAAAACAAUUAUUAUUCUUUGUCAUUGAGGUUUUGCAGCGCGGCUGUGUUUCAAAUGUAGGUGGCGCCAAAAUGAGGUUACUUGCCAAAAAUCGUAUUCCUUUCUGCUAGAUUGAGGAACAAAAUCGCUUAUUUCUCAUGGUUCCCUGCAUCAAUCUCAAUGAAACUGGUUGCAAAAGACGAGAAAAACUUUUUGCUUUAAAAUAAUGAACAUCAAUUUUCUAGCGCGCAAAAAUUUGUAACCUUUUUCUCUAAAAAAAACAUGUUUUGGAACACGAAAAAAUGAGUUUCCCCGUAUAUAUCAAUGAAAUAAACAGUUAUAUAGUUGAUAACAGAUGUGUUAACGUAUACACUCAACCCCCGGUGGUUGGUCACUUUUUCGUUUGACACUUUUUUAGUUUGUACCCCGUUGGUUGGUCAAAGUCAAACUAAAAAGUGACGAACUGUCACUUUUUACACGGCGCUCACGCACACUAUCAAAGCAAAAGUUUGGUAGUGUGUGUGAACUCCGUGUAAACAGGGUGUCAAACUAAAAAGUGACCCCGUUCGUUUGACAACAGUUGGUGUCAAACCAUCGGGGUUUGAGUGUAUCACUUGCACCAUAUACAUUCAAGUUGUCGAAGUAGCAUCGCACGAUCACGCAUGAUUUCUCAAAAUGACUUAUGCAAUAAUUAAUUAAAACAUUAGCAUUAGUAUGGUGCUAGAAACAGUUUUUUGGCUUUAAGUAUGUCUUUAUGAUUCUAUGUAAUUUAUCAUGGGUACUAAAAUUGCCAAAAAUUUGAUAGAAAUAGUAUUUUUAUAUAAAUCCAUACGACCAUUUCAAAAAAUGCUCAUGAAUUUGCAUUAUCAGCUGGCUUUGUUUACGUUUUAAACCACGUGGCGCGAAGAUGUUGACAAAAGCGAUCUCGUUUGCGCAGGUUUUGGCCAAGAAGAAGUAAAAAAACCUGCUUUACUUUUUUAAACUCCGUGUCAUGUCCAUCCGUCUGUGGUUAUGCUACACAUGACCAAUAUGACAAAGAAUUUUGCAAAAAAGCUCUUGAAAUUAAGCCAUUUUUGUUGAAUAAAAUCGAAACAUAAUUGGAUUGUACGGUUGUUUUGUUGUUACGAUUUAUAAGAUUUCUAAAAACAAAACCAUGCAAUUUGCUGUAACAAUGAAUUCUAUGGUAAUCGCCAUUCCACUGAAAUUAAAAAAGUCAACAAUUUGCAACAUUUCACAAAACUUUCAACGAUGUAAAAAAUAUUUGAAUGAGACAAAAUCAAAAAUUUAAAAAUAAUGCAUCAAGAACUCUGUUAUUCUAACAGAGUUCUUACAGAGCUGGAUAUUCUUACAGCAUUCUAGCAGAAGUGUUCCACCGUUCUAGCAGGAUUCUGAUAGAACCAGCUCUGCUAGAUUAUUUCGUGACUGGGAUAUAGACCAGAGUCAGCACGAUACCCGGAUUUUUAUGGAGAUUUUUAGAAAAGUGAAAAUUUUACCAUUUUCCGGGCAAAUUUCACCGGAUUUUUAUGUUGGGUUGUUUAGCAUGUCAAAGUGAACCGAAAUACGCUUUUAAAACAAAAAUAUUAAAAAAAUUCAGCUAAACGCGUUUUCGGUUCUGCGGAACUAGCCCUCAAUCAGACGUAACAUGCGAUUGUCAAAAACACUAUCUCUGACUCUGUCACUCCGAUAGAAACUGACUUUGUUUAUGUUUUGGUUUUCUUGGUACGGUCAAGACCUUGAUGGUACAUUACGUUUUCCUGACUUAGGACAAGCGUACCAAAAAACAAAAACAUCUUUCGAACAGUUAAAUUGAUCAAAAGUGAUAUCGUUAUGAACAGACGUCGUGACAGGAAUUUUGCUGUUUCAUUUCCAUGGUAUGGGAGGCCACAUGUGAGGAGGGUGUAUAGUAGGGAAAGAACCGCUAGGCGUCAUUUCAUAGGACAAAAUAGAGGCCCAGAACAAGCAAAUAAUACAUCUCGGCAAAAUUUGCAUCAGGCAAACGAACAGCAUGUUCAAAACUACGAUAGCAAUUUAUCGAACGAGUCAGUUGGUUCCAAUGUUUCUCAGAAUCCUGAUAGUGCAGGCCAUCUCCAUAAUCACCAUGAACAAAACCAUCAAUCGAAUGAGUCUUUUGGUUCAAACUUUACUCCGGAACCUGAACACAAUGCUUCAAGCGAAUGUUCAGAUUCUGAUGGUCGUAGUAACCGGGUUUUUCAUAAGAAAUUUUCUGGACGUUACGGUAAACCAUUCAGAAUAAAUUCUGAACUACAAGUCUACGAUGUUUUGUUCAUGGUGUUAAAUUUUUACGUGCGUCACAUGCCCACGCAACAGGCAGUCGAAGACCUUCUUCGCAUGUUGAAUGUUAUUAUGGGAUGCAAAAUUUUGCCGGAAAACUUUCAUGGAUUUAUGGCAGCUUUCCCAGAUACCUACGGAGCCAAAAGGAUAUAUUUUUGCAAACGUUGUAAAUUUCGCCAUGGAAUAGUCGAACCACCCUCCGGAUUAAUAUGUCCAGUUAAAGACUGCGGAUCUAAAGAGUACGAUUUUUUCAUAAAUUUUCCAGUUGAACGCCAAAUAAGAGAAAUAGUAAAUAAAUACAAAAACGAAAUCAACGAUUAUGCUCAAGAAGUCCUUCUUGAUAAUAAAAUUAAGGACAUUAGGAAUGCUGGAAUUGUUCAACGAAUAAUUGGUGGUUCACGUGAUCAAUUUCUCACAAUUUCCAUUAACACGGACGGUGCAGAAACAUAUGAAUGUAUGUGGGCCUCAUUUGCCCGCCCGAGGGAAAAAAUCUGAACUUUUUUUCUUCCACUCGCAAAAACACUGCAAUUUUUUUGAAAACCACAUUCCAAACAUAUAAGUCGGUGUAGCCAACUUUCUAACGAAGACAAUGAUGUAUAGAAAUAUAUACGUUUUAUAUAAACUAUUUGAUUCUAGUACAAAAUAAAUGAAAUUUUUAGAAAAAUCGUCCAUCAAAACUGGUCGCGACGACGACGACGACGACCAACCAAGCAGACACACACGGACACGAGUGGAAAGAGAGAACGAAAAAUAACGGCAAAAUUCGAAUGAUGUGCAAUGCUGGCGAAAACAAAAGUUUCGGGAUUAUUAUUUUACUGAGAAUUAUAAAGAGAAUAUUAGUAGAACCGACUUCUGAAUAAACCGACCAAAUUGGAAUCGGUUCCAGGGGUCCCCGGGGAAUCCGGAUCAUGACCAAAAGGAAGAAUUUUUGAAGUAUUUCUGCUUGCAAAAUGGAGAUAAACAAUCUCAAUUUUGAAAAAGAAAAAACAUGGUAUUGGCCAGAAAGACGAUUGUCCGUAUUGGCCACUUUGUAAUCGAUUCCGGGUUUCCCCGGAUAAUCCGGAUCAUGGUGAAAUAGGAGAUUCAUUUUUUUAAAUAGUUGUACUUGAAAAAUGGAGAUAAUAGAUCUCAAUUUCGGAAAAGAAUAGUUAUGGCAUUUUUCAGAUUGGUGUUUGUCCGUAUUGGCCACUUUGGAAUCGAUUCCAUGUGUCCCCGGGGAAUCCGCAUCAUGGUCAAAUGGGAGAUUGAUUGCAAAAAUAGUUGUGCUUGAAAAUGGAGAUAAACAAUCUCAAUUUUGUAAAAAAAAAUAAGCAUGGCACUGACCAGAAAGACGAUUGUCCGUAUUGGCCACUUUGGCAUCGAUUCCAUGUGUCCCCGGGGAAUCCGGAUCAUGGUCAAAUAGGAGAUUCAUUGCAAAAAUAGUUGUGCUUUCAAAAUGAAGAUAAAAGAUCCAAUUUCGAAAAAGAAUAAUUGUGUCAUUUUUCAGAAUAGUGUUUGUCCGUAUUGGCCACUUUGUAAUCGAUUCCGGGUUUCCCCGGAUAAUCCGGAUCAUGGUGAAAUAGGAGAUUCAUUUUUUAAAAUAGUUGUACUUGAAAAAUGGAGAUAAUAGAUCUCAAUUUCGGAAAAGAAUAGUUAUGGCAUUUUUCAGAUUGGUGUUUGUCCGUAUUGGCCACUUUGGAAUCGAUUCCAUGUGUCCCCGGGGAAUCCGCAUCAUGGUCAAAUGGGAGAUUGAUUGCAAAAAUAGUUGUGCUUGAAAAUGGAGAUAAACAAUCUCAAUUUUGUAAAAAAAUAAACAUGGCACUGACCAGAAAGACGAUUGUCCGUAUUGGCCACUUUGGCAUCGAUUCCAUGUGUCCCCGGGGAAUCCGGAUCAUGGUCAAAUAGGAGAUUCAUUGCAAAAAUAGUUGUGCUUUCAAAAUGGAGAUAAAAGAUCCAAUUUCGAAAAAGAAUAAUUGUGUCAUUUUUCAGAAUAGUGUUUGUCCGUAUUGGCCACUUUGUAAUCGAUUCCGGGUUUCCCCGGAUAAUCCGGAUCAUGGUGAAAUAGGAGAUUCAUUUUUUAAAAUAGUUGUACUUGAAAAAUGGAGAUAAUAGAUCUCAAUUUCGGAAAAGAAUAGUUAUGGCAUUUUUCAGAUUGGUGUUUGUCCGUAUUGGCCACUUUGGAAUCGAUUCCAUGUGUCCCCGGGGAAUCCGCAUCAUGGUCAAAUGGGAGAUUGAUUGCAAAAAUAGUUGUGCUUGAAAAUGGAGAUAAACAAUCUCAAUUUUGUAAAAGAAUAAACAUGGCACUGACCAGAAAGACGAUUGUCCGUAUUGGCCACUUUGGCAUCGAUUCCAUGUGUCCCCGGGGAAUCCGGAUCAUGGUCAAAUAGGAGAUUCAUUGCAAAAAUAGUUGUGCUUUCAAAAUGGAGAUAAAAGAUCCAAUUUCGAAAAAGAAUAAUUGUGUCAUUUUUCAGAAUAGUGUUUGUCCGUAUUUUCCAUUUUGGAAUCGAUUCCCUGUGUUCCCGGAGAAUCCGAAACAUGGUCAAAAGGAAAAACUUUUUGCAAAAAUAAUUAUGCUUGAAAAAUGGAGAACAACAAUCUUAAUUUUAAAGAGAAUAUGAUUGGUGUUUGUCCGUAUUGGCCACUUUGGAAUCGAUUCCAUGUGUCCCCGGGGAAUCCGGAUCAUGGUCAAAUAGGAGAUUCAUUGCAAAAAUAGUUGUAUUUGAAAAAUUGAGAUAAAAGAUCUUAAUUUCGGAAAAGACUAAUGUGCCGUAUUGGCCACUUUGGAAUCGGUCCCAGGUUUCCUGAGAAAUUUGAAUCAUGGCCAAACGUGAGAUUUUUUACGAAAAUAGGUGUGCCUACAAAUUGAGGCCAAAUCAACAUUAUUUUUAAAAGGAUUAUAGAGGAUUGUAUCAAUUAGGCACAUUGAAUAUAAUAAUAUAUUUUCAGUGCAACUUUUACAUCACAAAUCAUUUAUUGUAAAGAAUAUAAAGUCCUUUGUGAUUUUCAACUAGGUGAAUAUUUUAAAAUUAAUUUCCUUUUUCUAAAGUAAUAUUAAAAAAAUUUACGCACUUCCAAAGGAACUUCAACCAUUCUGCGUUAUAAUUCAAAUUUAAGUUAUCAUAUGAUGCAUCUCGCAUCAUCAUGAUGCAGAUUUCCAAGGGACACCUGAUACCAAUUGCAAAGUAGCCAAUAUGGACAAACUCCAUUCUGAAAAUGCAUCAAUAAUCCUUUGAGAAACUUAUUUAGCGCCAAUAAUCAUCUGCCAAUUGCAAGCAGAACUAUUUUCGCAUAAAAAUCUCCCAUUUGUCCAUGAUUCAAAAACGGACAAACACCAUAAUGAAAAAUGCAUCAUCAUUCUCUUUCAAAAUUAUUAUUAAAUAUCUACAUUUUGCAAGCACAACUAUUUUUGCAAAAUGACAUGAUCAUGACCCGGAUUUCAUAUGGACACCUGGUAUCGAUUCCAAUGUGCCCAAUACGGACAAACACUAUCUUAAAAAUGCCAUCAUAUUCUCUUCAAAAUUUAGAUUGUUUAUAUCCAUUUUUCAAACACAACUGAGCAAUUCUUUGAGAUUUCGGUCAUUCUUUUUUUUUUGUAUUUUUAAUCCGAUUGAAACUUUUUUGGUGCCUUCGGUAUGCCCAAAAAAGCCAUUUUGCAUCAUUAGUUUGUCUUUAUAAUUUUCCAUACAAAUUUGGCAGCUACAAAAAUGAUAUAUGAAAAUUCAAAAAUCUGUAUCUUUUGAAGGAAUUUUUUGAUCGAUUUGGUGUCUUCGGCGAUGUCGUAGGUAUGGAUAAGGACUGUACUGAAAAAAAUGAUACACGGUAAAAAAAUUUUUUUAGUGAUUUUUAAUUUAACUUUUUGUCAUUAAAACUUGAUUUGCAAAAAAAAACUAUUUUUAUUUUUUUAUUUUCUGAUAUGUCCACUUUUCAUAAAUUUCCAGCAUGAGCAAAAAAUCUUUGAAUUUUUAAAUCAAUACUGAUUUUUUCAAUAAAUCGAAAUAUUGGUUGCAAAAAUUUCAAACUUCAUUUCGAUGUAAAAUCGAAUUUGCAAUCAAAAAGUACUUUAGUGAAAUUUUGAUAAAUUGCACCGUUUUCAAGUUAUAGUAAUUUUGAAGUAACUUUUUUGAAAAUAGUCGCAGUUAUUCUUUUUUUUUUAAAUAGUGCCCAUGUUUGCCCGCUUCUGACGUAAUAUUGAAUUUUUGGCCCUUUUGAAAUGUUAGUCUUGAUUAAAAAAAUGAAAAUAUUGUUUUCUAAAAGAUCGGAAAAUUUCACGAAUUUUUCAUGUUUAAUUCGUUGCUGAGAUAUCGACAUUAGAAAAUUGUGGGUUUAUAAAUCUUAGCAUGGCAAUAUCUCAGCAACUAACGGUCGCAUCAACAAAGUUCAAAAAAGCAAAAUAUAGAGAAUUUUCUCGACUUUUCAAAAAUAUUUUUUCCAUAAGUGUGCAAAGUGGGCACCAAUUUACAAACAUGAAUAACUGCGACUAUUUUCAAAAAAGUUACUUAAAAAUGGCUAUAACUUGAAAACGGUCCUCAUUAUCAAAAUUUCACUAAAGUACUUUUGGGUUGCAAAUUCAAUUUCACAUCGAAAAAUGAAAUUAGAAAUAUUUUGGAACCUAUAUUUCGAUUUUUUUUAAAUAGUAUUGAUUCAAAAAUUCAUAACUCGGUCAAAGAUUUUUUGCCCAUUCUGUAAAUUUCUGAAAAGUUGGCAUUUGAUGUCUUCUAAAUCAUAUCAGAAAAUACAAAAAUUAAAAAUAGUGUAUUUUUUUGCAAACCAAGUUUUACUAACAAAAAAGAAAUUAAAAAUCACCAAAAAAAAUUAUACAGUGCAAAAUUUUUUUUCAGUGUAGUCCAUAUCCAUACCUGCAACUUCGCCGAAGGCACCAAAUCGUUCA